AACUGAGCCUAGUCAUCAUCUCUCCUUCAUCUGUUGGUGUCGCGCCUCUUCAAGAUCCACCCAAAACCCUAGAAAGCGCCAAGCAAUCCAUUGGAAACGGAGGUCAGAGAAAGGCCGUAAACAAAGAAGCGAUUUGAACCAAAAAUCACUUUUUAUUGUUUGUUUUCCACAUCAAAAAGCUCAGGCUCCGGAUGGCAAUGGCAUCUACUGUAACAGCACAAGAAGUCCCAUCUGGAAUUUCAACUCCUACUGCUGAUGUUGUGGGCAUUGCCUUUGUUCAUCAAUACUACCAUAUAUUACACCAAUCUCCUGAUCUGGUUCACCGGUUUUACCACGAUGACAGCAAACUUGGUCGUCCUGAAGGAAAUGGUGUCAUGGGUAUAACUUCAACCAUGCAAGCUAUCAACGAGAAGAUACUCGCACUUGGUUACGGUGAAUUUAUAGCUGAGAUAACAACUGUAGAUGCACAAGACUCUCACAAUGGGGGAGUACUUGUUCUUGUGACUGGACAAUUAACUGGAAAGGACAAAGUGAAGCAGAAAUUCACUCAGAGUUUCUUUCUGGCACCUCAAGACAAGGGCUAUUUUGUUUUAAAUGAUGUAUUUAGAUACAUUGAUGAAGCCAAACAUGAAAGUGGGAACCCGGAGCCAGUUAAUAAUACUGAAGCUUCUCUUACUCCUGAGCAGGAUCCUUCUCCUGCUCUUGAGAACCACAUUGUUGAGCAACUAUCUGUGACUCCAGAAGAAGUUAAUGGGCCAGAAGCAUAUAACCCUUCUGAGAAUGGGGUUGGUUCUAUUGAAGAAGAGGAAGAACCAGUGGCUGAGGUUGUGGAUGCGAUUCCUGAUGAUUCACAAAUGGUUGAUGAUUCUACCUCCAAAAUUGAGGAAGUGCCGAAGAAAUCAUAUGCUUCUAUUGUGAAGUUUAUGAAAGAGAAUGCUGUUCCUUCAUCCACCCCUACACAUUCCCCUGUGAAGUCUGCAGUCAAGAGCCAUGAACAACUAGGAACUGCUGCACCACCUAUUGCUCCAGCCCCAGUGUCUGACGUUCAGACUUCCAACAACAAUAUUACAGAAAAUGGGAACUAUCAAGAGGCAGAAGCUGCGGGUCCUUCCAUUUAUGUCAAAGGUUUGCCCUUGAAUGCCACACCUAGCAUGCUGGAAAAUGAGUUCAAGAGGUUUGGACCUAUAAAGAGCGGCGGUAUUCAAGUUCGAAGUCAGAAGGGAUUCUGUUUUGGUUUUGUGGAAUUUGAAGUUGCAAGUUCAGCACAAAGUGCCAUAGAGGCUUCGCCUAUUAAUAUUGGUGGACGAAAUGCAAUUGUUGAAGAAAAGCGGUCUACCACUCGAGUGAACAAAGUACGGUCUUCAUAUGGUUCUGGGGCUGGAUACAGAAAUGACGGAGUGAGAGGGCGCGGAAACUACGGUGGUGGUGGCAGGGGCUAUAGCCGGGGUGAGUUUGGCUAUCAGGCUGAGUUUGGAAGCAGGAGCAACAAUCGAGGAGGAUACUCCAACCGCAGAGGUGAAGGAUAUCAAAGGGGUUACCACAUGGUGAGUAACGGUGGCAGCCACACGAACCGCUCUGGUGGACCAGCUGUUAGUGCAGCACCCAAGAACAUGGCACCAAGGGUACCUGCCUCCGCUUAAAGACAUUGAUCCAUAAAUUGUUUGGAGUUAUCAAAGGAUAAAUACAACCUCUGGUAUAAAGUGUAGUGAUUCAUUUAGAGGAAAACUUAGUUGAGGAAAUUUGAUAUGUGAGAUAAUUUUAGGGUUUCCUCUUCCAUUUUGUCUUUUAUAAUACAGCACUGAAAGGUUUUCGGUGGUCGUGGAU